UGCCACCGCCAAGCCUCUGGCCUUUGGUGUGACAAGUUUCAGCGAAGACCGACAGGAGAAAAGGACGAGCUAGCGUCUUCGUGAGUCGGGACGUGCGCCAACCCCCCCACUGCCUGCUCCUUCAGGACAUCUUGCUAUCACCAGCAAAGCCGGAUAGCGGAUACACUCUUCUCAUCCUCGGGAAACAGCGGAGGAAGAGGAACAGCUUUGCUCGAGGAGGAGCAGCCUGCAAAACCUUGUCAAUCCUCGAUGUUUGCACGAGCGAUGGUUGAGAGCGGCGGAGGAGACACGGCGUGUAGGCAGCAGCGGCAGCAUCAGCGGCGACGGCAGCAGCAAGGGCAACAACCGGGUCGACCGAGCGGCAACGCCAGGAUGAGCAAUCCCGCCGCGCGUUUUUCGUCGCUAUCGUCGCGCUCGGUCCUAGCGGCAGUGGCGGCGUUGGUGGUGGCGAUGCUCGCGGGAGAGGUCGGCGCGGCGGACGCAGGCAUCCCGAGCGACUAUAGGGUGGUCCACACGCAUGUGGUCAUGCGGCAUGGGGAGCGCACGAGGCUGAGAAAGGACACGGAGACAGAGUUCGGCGACAGCGAUGGCGUGGUGCUCACCAACGUGGGCGAGGAGCAGUGUUACGACCUUGGGAAGCAGCUCCGGGAAAGGUAUCUCCCGGCCAGCAACUCUGCGGAGUACACGACGACUAUCGAAGGGCUGACGUUGUGGUAUGAUGCGGACCGGGUGCAGAUUGAGUCGAGCGGGUACGACAGGACUCUGGAGUCGGCGGCGGCAAUGGCGUUGGGGCUGUAUCCGAUGGGCCAGAACGACACCGACGUGGAGCAGAACUCGCUCCUCUGGAUGGAACAGAUCGUCGUCCCCAUCCACUCUUCGAAGCCUCAAAACGAUCCAUACAUCACGGCUUACGACAAGUGUCCCGUGUACAACGCGAACUGGAUACAGAGCUACGAGAAGGACGAGUUCCAAGAGCUGCAGCGCGUGGCGAGCGAGGAGCAGGAGGAUGGGUCGGACGGGUUCAUCACCCAGGUGUACAACAUCUUCGACGAGUUUCGCGGAGCUAACGACAACCCGGACUGCUGGGACGAGGUCAUCGCGUUGAAGCUGGACCAACUGGAGCUGCACGCCCCUUACAACCUCUGGGAUUGCGCGAGGACUCUGUUGGCGGCAGGAAAGGAUCAGACCGUUAACUUCAUCAAUGCCGCGACGAUACCCACGGACUUUUCGGAGCAGUACCCGGAUAUUAUCGAUGGGUGGCUGUACCUUGGGUGGCUUGUGGACGAGGUGGAAGACAUGAAGUACGAGCAAGACGUCGUCGGCCGCUACGCUGCAGGCCUCUACCUCACCGAAAUGAAUCUCCGCAUGUCACAGGUGAUCGAGCACGUGCGCAGCGGCUACAUGAGCAACGUGGGCCGCUUCCCCGGGAUGCACAUCACGUCCGGUCACUACGGGACUCUCAAGGGCAUCGCCGGGGCUCUCGACAUCGACGCUAUUGAUGGCAUUCCUGAGUACGCUUCCCACUUUGCGUUCGAGCUCCUGUACAACGGAUCUGCCAACCAUCGGGCGGGGGAGGAAGACUUCGCGAUCCGAAUCAUGUACCAGGAUGGUUCGAGCACUAGCGACCUGAACUUCGCCGUGAUGGGCCAAGUGUACGAUGGCUCCGGGUCCAUCUCCGACUUCGACGAAGAGCUGUCGACGUUGAGAGAUUAUGACACGGGCAUCAUGGGGUGGACCCAGUGGGACUACCUUAUGGACUACCAAAACGCGGGGAAACCUGUUGUGUACGAAUCUGUCGAGGAAUGGUGCCUCGACUGUCUUGCCACCGCUCCCGACACUUGCAUUGCCCAGGAGCUAGAGCUGAUGACACAGCAGUGGGAGGAGGCUAGCGUUCAGGCUGAACAGGCGACGGCGGAUUACAAGGAGGCUGACGACGGCAUAGGAGGCAAGUACUGCGUCCACGUUGCCCUCCUGAGCAUCUUCGGAGUGGUCCUGGGCAUCGGCAUCGGCAUCUGCAUCAAGCCCUGCUUGGACCGGCACAACAAGAUGCUCAAUCAGAAGAGCCAAGCGUCCACCAUAUCGGGGGACCGCGGGCUGGAGGCGUGGUCUUCUGCCGCCAACAGCAACAACGGAAGCUUCCGGCUCGGGGCUAAGCACACCUCCACCCGACAAGUCGGAGGCAACCGCAUGAUGGCCGUGCCAUCGGCACCAGACGACGACAUGGACAGCUCGGGACGGAUGGAUGGCGGCGCUAACGGUGCCUACACCAACGGGAACGGUAGCGGCCAGUACGACAUCGAAGAAGACUCGACCCCUGGGAUCCCCGAGUUCGCACCGACCUCGGCACUGGGCGAGCCGGUUCCGUUCCCGCACAAGCGGCAAGCAUCGGGAAUGGUUUCCGGCGUGGACUCGAGCAUGAUGUCAGGCAUCGACGCCGACGACGUAGACGACGAUGACGUCGCGGGAGGCGGCACUUCGCGUCAAGGAAAAGCGGGGUCCUCUGACGUCACCGCUACCACGACCAAGAUCGAUACAGUCGAAGAGGAGCCUGCUACGGGCGAGACUCAGCCGGAAGGAACCGCUCCGAUUGUGUAGUGUGUGCCUGCCGCCUGUCUACUGUUGUAGCGGAGGGCAAACCCAGGUCCAUUGACGUUUAUUCUGUAGUCGACUUUGUCAUUCGCGAUUCUGCUUCUGCUGUACAUUCUAUCGAUGAUUUGGCGGUGUGAGUCGUCCAAAAGAAGGUGCCAUCCUAGGGAAGUCAUUUUUACUCGGCGCGCGUGCCAUGCCCGAUCGUAGAUUUCGAUCCCCCCGGCCUCCCUUUUCUGGUGUAGAGCCAGACGCGUGUGUGUAUGCUGGCGUUCACACUACAUAGGGCACUCAUGUCAACGAAUGCCGUCAUCGUUAGGCCAUUGACCUCCAUCCCUACAGUGUCGGGACGGAGCGAUAUGCCGAGUUUCCGCCGCCUUACGUUUCACAAUGAAGAGUUAGUUGUCAUCCUUGUGGGGGCAACAUGUCAUGUGACUUUGUAUAUCUCCGUCGACGUGCGCAUGUAUGAUUUCGUCGCGACUCGUAUUAAAGAAAACAGGCACAGGGCAUGCAGCUACAAUAUGGUCGGAUGGAUUUUGGAUGUCGUGGCGAUUGAAGAUUGAUGUGCCUUGGUUCGACCGCUCCAACUUGUUGCGGGGAGCACCCGCGUCGUCUCUCGUAUCAGGUUAUCUAUUAGCAGGGGGAAAUGCUGAUGUGUGACCCAAGUAGCUGAGAAGGGAUUCUGUUUUGUACCCCUCCUCUUUUCCGCUUCAUUUAUCGUUGUCGGUGUAGAAUCUUGUUGUCGAUCACGUGCGUGGUGUAGCUCUCGGGGGAUUUGACGCGUGGAGAAUGCCAAAGCCUUCGCUAGACUGCAAGGCUAGGUUGUGGAGUGAGGGAAGUUCAAACGGUUCCAGCGACCGAAAGAGCACAGUCUAGCGUUUGCACAUUUUCAGACAUGGGUACAACCGCAUAUGCGUAUGAUGGGUGUAUUUGUACAAGUAACGACUCGCUUGCUCAUCAUCUGUACCUCUUGUUGUUUCGGUUGAUGGGGGUAUUAUUGUUGUGCACUUUCACGAUCGAUGAUGUAUCUGUUACGGCUGUUGGCAGUCUUGCUCAUAGGAGACAGUUGAGUACUGUGUCGUAGCACACAGACAGAUAGACCCCACGCACCACCCGGGUACCUCCCCCUUGCUUGAAGAAUGUAGCGGGAAUAACCCAACUUCGUCGGAUGUUCGGUCGUAUUGUUGCCUGAGGGAAUGCCUCCACGCAUGAUCCAUGCGUCGUGUAGGUGUCUGUAGUAACACACACCAAGAGAACCUGGCGUCGGACGGUCUCGAAGUUCCUUAAAUAGUGGCAGGUCGGAAAGUUUCGCUUUCAUUUUGUACGACUGAAGCGGCGAGGGAGAGAAAAGAGAAGUGGCGGCCGUGGCACCGCACCGAAUAUUUAUCCACUUGCUAUUUCCAACGAGAUAAUUUAGUCUAGCAAUGUAGAGGAUUUUCGAAUGGGAGGAUGGGGGGGGGACGAACCCAAGUAACAAUGUCGUGAUUCUGGUCAAAAACGUAUCACGGUGACAACGUGGGGCGUCGCGUUGUUGCCCGAAUGCGGCCGGAAUUCCGCCAGGCCUGCUCCGCUGUAAUAUGCACCUGCUCUGUACAUGAUGAGCGGGCCGCGUCAAUUGCCAUUGAUUGUCUUCGCCAGGAAACGAAAACACUGGUCCCGCCCACCCCACCGCGAGAAAACGCACGGCGAAAAAAUACGAUGGGGGGGGGGGCGUCGUCGUUCGGGAAGGAGGGGAAGCGGAAGCGUCGUGUUGUUGGGGAAGAGGAUUAUUCGGGGCGGUAAAUUGGUUUGUGUGUAGUGUGUGGGUACAUUCUUGUAUGUACAACGUGUCAAGAGACGGGCGGGGAGAUAACUUCUACAAGCCCCCCGCCGCAUCGAAAUUCUGUUGCCUUUCUUUGGACGCGUUUUUGCGUGUCCCUUUUAUGAUAGUUGUUUCACUUCGGAUGUGAUACGCAUUUAUUACCAAAGAAAUGCAUGUUUUCGGAGCGAAUGAAAGGAGACGUAGAGACGCACAGAGAUAUUUCUUGGCGGGUCUGAUGGUGUGGUGUGGGAGAGGUCGAGGGCCGUAAGCUGUGGGGAGGCGUGCUGGUCCAUGAUGCACAGAGAGAGGGGGAUGCGCCAAGACGCGAUACCUAUCCAUGAUGCUGCGACCCACGGGCGAGGGGGCCCUGACGAGGGUAUUGGCCCGGAAGACAUCGUCUAUCCCGUUUUUUGACCAUCAAUGUGGAGGUUGCAGCUUUGUUUGUUUUCGUCCAGCGCACGGUCACUCUCGUCGCUUGUUCUGGUUCGUUGUUGUGCUAUUCUUCGUACUGGUGAUGUUUCGAGUGAGGGGCAGCAGUCGCGCUUGGGGUGCACGGCAAGGAUAAAGGAUAACAAAGUGUUUUCAGACAAGACGAGCCGGUUCAGGAGGCAACAAACUGUCAUGACAUUACCUUGAAGGCAUCGUACGGUGAUCGAGUUGUUCACACAUUCUGGGGUUGGGCCGUUCGCUCCGUGACAUGAAACGGGCGGGGGCCAAUCACGCAUCGAUCGGUCAUGUUGGUAUUUCCACACAUAUGACCUUUCCAUGUUCCGGUAUGGCGCCAACAAUUAUUAUGUGGAAAGCCGCAAACGCCCCCACCGUUCGUUCCCUGUUGUUAAGCUGGCGUGGAAUAUAUGGAACACCGUUUCGAUCGAGUCGGAGUGGAAGUUCGCCGGGCGCUUGGAAAGAUCACCCGUGCCGUGUAUCCCACGAACGUUGACACAAGUAUCGGUGAAGCUAGAAGCGACGACGGUGAUCGCUGCUGUACCUGGGAGGACUAACGGGCUAAUGAGAUUUACUUGCGCAACACCCGGCGUCGGUCGUGGCGUC